CACACACACACACACACACACACACACACACACUGAUCUGAAGAAGCACUGGGCUUUCGUGGAAGCCCCCGCUGACCAGGCAGUGAGACCUUCCGGGCAUUGAGUAACACCUUCAUCCUGUGACCUCUGUCCUCUUGGGUUCCUGGAAAACGCCAGCAAGGCUUUUGCUCCCAGCUCCUCAGCGCCGGGGUGGCUGAUGAAGGCUGCUCGCCGGUCUACACAGAAGGACAAACCUUGUCAUGUUUUCCCUUUUACUGUGCAUCUGGACCUCAAAGUUGCGCUGCCACCUAGUGGCUGGGGCUGGGUGGGGACUCUGGAGGGAUCAAGUUGUGCUCUGUGUUUCCUGCUUGCAGCACAGCCUCUCUGGGCCGGAGCUAUUUUUCAUUUUUCUUCAGAUUUUUCAUUCUUUUUCGUUUCUUCCCUUUUUUUAAUCCCCUUCUUUCUCCUUAUUUAUCUUCCCCUCCUCUCUUUCUCUUUGAAUCUCAUCUUUGUUGUUGUGAUGUAAAUGCAAUGGUUCCACCCAGGGGAAAUUACACGCAGGACACUCAAGUCUGUCACUGACUGGACAGGGAAGCCCUGACUUCCCCAAGGAGGCCAGGCAGCAGAGGCAGCUGAGCCGGUGGGGAGAGGCGGCCUUGCCCAGCGGUCCUCUGCAGGCUGGCCCACUGUUGCUGUCUUUUCCAUGUCCUGGGGCUCAGUCUCGCCCUGGCCUUCCUAACUAGUCUGGGUGAAGGAGCUGAGGGUUGCCUGAGAAGAAGCGACUGAACUAAACCUGGGGCAGAGUCUCCCAACUUAAUUCCAUAUUUCUACGUAGCUUAUCUUUUAUUUUGUUGUUUCCAGACCUGGCAGGUCUCAAGCUCAUGGGGAUCCGCCUGCCUCUGCCUCCUUGUUCUGGAGGCAUGCGCCACCAGUCCUGGCUUACCACCUUUGAGUUCAUUUACUGUAAAUGUGCUCCACUCAGAUUCUAAUCAGCGUUAAACCUUCAGCCCCAGGUCUCAUGUAGCACAGGCUAGCCCCCAAGUCCCCCCCCGCCUGACAGGUGUGUGCUACUGCAAAAACUUCCAUGUCAUGAACUGAACGAGGGGUACACCAGGAGUGGUUCUCAGCUCACACUUAGUGGACACCGACUGUAUGCCCGGCUUGGGUGAUCUCAGGGAGAGGAUGGAACAAAGAGUGAGGCUCUGCUUGUCAGUCAUGUGGGGAACAGCCAGGGAAAGAGACUCCCGGUAAAAUGAGGAGAACCUGGGUGUCUGGCGACCUUAGAUGCCCCAGACCUACGUGCUGGAGAGAGAAAUGUCCUGUGAUCUGGACAGACCCUACGUUCCUCCCGUGCACACACAAAACAAAUAAAUUCUAAUUAAAAAAUUAAAAACUUUGUAUAAGAACCUUGAAUCCCACUCUCACGGAAAGAUUGUUCCCACGCCUCCGAGCUCAGCCAGCGUGGAGAUCUUGCAGGACCCCUGUGUCUAUCCUCCGACUUCCAGACUCAGUUUCCCCGUCAGCAGAAUAGGCUCACCUGCCGCUCUGGAGCUUCUGAACCAUGUUUGGUCUAUUGAGUCCCCCCCAGCCCAUGCGCUUCUGACUCUCACUGUUACUGCGUUCAGAGGAAACUGAGGCUCAGGAGGGCCUGGCUUCAGCGUCCCCAGCCCUUUCCUGGAGUGCUCAGAGCUGAGCAGCCCUAAGGGAUACCUGUACACUCUCCCCCAUCCCUCGGGAAGUCACCGCCGGGCGGGGCGGAACGGUGGGUGUCCCCGGAACCCCAGGGUGCCAAUUAAGUGCUGGUGGCCCGUCUGGGGUCAGAGCCGCGGCAGGAUGGCAGAGCCGGGCCCGGAGCCGGGUCGCGCCUGGCGGCUGCUGGCUCUGUGCGGGGCUGCGGUGUUCCUGGCGGCAGCGGCAGCCGGAGGGGCGCUGGUGGCUUGGAACCUGGCGGCCUCUACUGCCCGGGGCCCACGCUGCCCUGAGCCCGAGCAGGUGAACGCCACGGUGUGGCCCCCGGACUCGGCGCCCGAGGUCGAAGAACUGCGGCGGCGGCUGGCAGAAGCUGAGCAGUUCCACGAGACCCUGGCCGCGCAGCUGCAGCGUGCCGAGGGCGACAAGAGGGAGCUGGAGGCGGCGUUCAAGGCCUGCAAGGACCGCCAGAGCCGACUUCAGACGCAGCUGAAGGCCCUGAAGACAGAGAUGGAUGAGGCCAAAGCCCAGGGCACACAGAUGGGGCUGCAGAACGGAGAGCUGACAGAAGCCUUGGCUCGCUGGGAGGCCGCAGCCGUGGAGUCCAAGCAACAGCUGGAAGCGGCCCUGCAGCGCGUGGGCGCAGCUGAGGCAGACAGAGAAGCUUGCGUUGGCCGCGAGGUGGCGCUGAGGGAGCGUAUUUACGCCCUGGAGACCGAGCUGGGCCACCUGCAGAGAGCAUCGCGCCCCCGUCCCCGCCCCCGCCCAGGAUCCAGGUCCAAGCCCAGCAUCCGCUCCCGCCCAAGGUCUGGACUUACUAAGGAUUGCCGGAGGCCACCGCGUGACCCCCAGUAGGAUGGGAGCCUCGGGCCAGCAGUGACGGUGUGGGUGAGAGGCGUGGCCCACAGCUUCCACGCGCAGCUUUCCACGCACGGCUGCCUAGAUGGUGGCACCGCAAAGGCUCAGUCCUCCUCUCUAGAAGCACACAGUGCUAGGUCAUCACCACAUAGGGAAACUGAGGCUCAUUUGAUCAGGCCCCGAUGUCCCUGGUAACCACGGCGCGACCUUUAUUCCAAGAGCACCCUGUAGGAGCACACAGAACGCAAGCGGGAUUUCUGCAGGGAACCAACCGAGGCACACUGCAGAAGGUUCACAAAUUCUAGCAAGCCAUGAGGACCAGGGCCUCGGUGAAGAUGCCCGGGUCCUAGAAAGUGACUGGAGGGGAUGCCCAUGUAACAGAAAACAGCGCAGGAGUAUGAACCGGAGCUGUCCAGGUCACACGGAGAAGGGCUCUCCUUGGGGCUCAAAAGACUCAACAGUUCCUCUCCCGCCUCCCUUCCCGACGCUCCCUGCCACCUCCUUCCCUUCCUGCUUUCUCCCUUUCUCUUUCAACUGGGUCUCAUGUAGCCCAGGCUGACCUCACACUACCUAUAUAGCCUAGGCUGCCCUGGACCUCCUGACCCCCCCCCCCACUCCAGCCCAAGGCUGGGAUUAAAGGCCUGCUCCACCUCAUCCUAGCCAACAGUCUCACGUGUGCUUAAUUUCACAUUGUUUGGGAGUCUUAAAAUUCAUGUUUAACAUGGUUUUCCUGAGACAUCUUCCUGUGUAGCACACACCACCCAGACUCUUCUUUAGGGGCAUGUUUCACCAAGCCUGGCUCAAUUAUCUACAUUUAAUGUGACUAACAGUGAUACUUUCUUGAUAUUUCCCAUCCAAAUUCCUUAAUUUACUCUGUCUGUUGCUUUUGUCCCCGGUGCUGGAGAUGGCCCCGAGUGGCACACGGCAGGCAACACUUCCAAUGUCACAUUCCUGAAUCCUGAGGUUUCAUGUGGGGCUGGGGAGGAGGCUCAGCAGCUCAGCACACCCUUGCAAAAGCCCUGGUUUCCUUCUCAGCACCCACAAAUCAUCUCACAACCCCAGAACUCAGUCCCUCGGGAGCCAGCCCCUCCUAGAGCCUGCCUGGGGACUGCAUACACAGAUGUGCACAUACAUACAGGCAAAGAGCACA